AUGUAAAACUUAACACAGAGUCCUUUAAAACAUCUAAUUAUUGAAGGGGACACUAGUCCUAUUAAUCUUAUAGACGACUUUGAAUUAUCUAGUCAAUCUUCUUAAAAUAAUACAUUUAUCUAAUCAGGAAGAAAGAAUUCUGAUGGGGAUAAUACAGUAAGAAGAAAAAAGUUUCGAUCUUAAGACUUCACUGAGUAAUUAUAUAUGUGGAAUGGCUACUUAGUGAAAAAAUUUGAGUCUAAAUAGUUGUGA